AUGAUUUCAACUGAUAGUUUAAAUCAGUUAGAUCCAACAUUUAUGUAUACUCAAAUAUUUAAAGAAAUCAUUCUUGAUAUGGAACAUGGUAAACAAGCUAUCAAAGAAUUUACUACUUACUGCCGACAGAACAACUCUGGAUCGUCAACGAAUAUUGAUGGAUUUGAAAAUAAAUACCAUACUCAAUCAGCUAUUUGGUGGUAUACUUCUCCCUUAUUUAUCUACUCUAUGCUGAAUUAUGCUCUACGCUCUAUGGAAGGUGAUAUCAUUAUUAACAUGGGCUUCUUCAUUCAUGACCUUCACCAACAAAUCCAACAACUACACCAACAACAGCUUAGUAGUUAUCAAGAUAAACCAUUCAUAGUUUACCGGGGACAAGGUCUAUCCAAAGCCAAUUUCGAAAAACUGCAAAAAACAAGCGGUGCUUUACUGUCCUUUAAUAGUUUUUUAUCAACUAGUACGGAACAAAGCAUCUCUCUAGUAUUUGCUCAAAGCGCGUCAUAUAAUGUCGACAAUAUAGGCGUUCUUUUCAAGAUAUUAAUCGAUCCUCGUGUUAAAUCAGUGCCAUUUGCCUCCAUCGACGAGGUGAGUUACUAUAACGAAGAAAAAGAAAUUCUCUUUUCCAUGCAUACCGUUUUUCGAGUGAAUGCAAUUCAAAAAAUGGAUAAUAGCAAUCAACUCUAUCAAGUUGAAUUACAGUUAACCUCGGAUGAUGAUCAAGAACUACGAUUGCUUACUGAUCGGAUACGAGAAGAAGCUGAUGGUACUGGAUGGCAGGGAUUAAGUAAAUUACUGAUUAAAAUUGGUCAGUUUAAUAAAGCUGAAGAACUUUAUAAUGUAUUACUCGAACAGACAUCUGAUGAGAGUGGAAAAGCGCUUUAUUAUAAUCAGUUGGGAACGGUAAAACAUGGCCAGGGUGAUUAUGAAAAGGCUAUUCUGUAUUACGAACAAGGACUUGAAAUUGAUCAAAAAGCUCUUCCUUCAAAUCAUCCUGAUUUAGCUACUUCAUACAACAACAUCGGUUUGGUGUAUAAACAGAUGGGAGAGUACACAAAAGCACUUUUAUCUCACGAAAAAGCACACGAAAUUCUAGAAAAAACUCUUCCUUCAAAUCAUCCGUCAUUGGCUACUUCAUACAACAACAUUGGUGGUGUGUAUGAGAACAUAGGAGAGUACUCGAAAGCACUUUCAUCUCACGAAAAAGCACUUGAAAUUGAUCAAAAAGCUCUUACUUCCAAUCAUCCAGAUUUAGCUACUUCAUACAACAACAUUGGCAUAGUGUAUGACAAGACAGGACAGUACUUAAAAGCACUUUCAUUUUACGAAAAAGCACUUGAAAUUCGACAGAAAAAUCUUCCUUCAAAUCAUCCGUCAUUAGCUACUUCGUACAACAACAUCGGUACUGUGUAUGACACGAUAGGAGAGUACUCUAAUUCACUUUCAUUUUACGAACAAGGACUUAAAAUUCAACAAAAAACUCUUCCUUUGAAUCAUCCAGAUUUAGCUACUUCAUACAACAACAUUGGUGGUUUGUAUGACACGAUAGGAGAGUACUCUAAUUCACUUUCAUUUUACGAACAAGGACUUAAAAUUCAACAAAAAACUCUUCCUUCAAAUCAUCCAGAUUUAGCUUCUUCAUACAACAACAUUGGUGGUUUGUAUGAGAGCAUAGGAGAGUACUCGAAAGCACUUUUAUCUCACGAAAAAGCACAUGAAAUUCUAGAAAAAACUCUUCCUUCGAAUCAUCCGUCAUUAGCUACUUCAUACAACAACAUCGGGGGCGUGUAUGACAAGAUGGGAGAGUACUCGAAAGCACUUUCAUCUCACGAAAAAGCACUUGAAAUUCGACAGAAAACUCUUCCUUCGAAUCAUCCGUCAUUAGCUACUUCAUACAACAACAUCGGUUUGGUGUAUAACCACAUGGGAGAAUUUUCUAAAGCACUCUCAUUUUACGAAAAAGCACAUGAAAUUCAAGAAAAAACUCUUUCUUCAAAUCAUCCUCAUUUGGCCACUUCAUACAACAAUAUCGGUAGUGUGUAUACACAUAUGGGACAGUAUUGGAAAGCACUUUCAUUUUACGAAAAAGCACUUGAAAUUAGACAAAGAACUCUUCCUUUGAAUCAUCCUGAUUUGGCUACUUCAUACAACAAUAUCGCUGGCGUGUAUUACAAUAUAAAAGACUAUUCGAAAGCACUUUCAUAUUUUGAACGUGCUCUGGACAUAUUCCAACAUGCAUUACCUCCAGCUCACCCUCAUAUCAAAAGUGUGACAGAGAGCAUUGACGUUGUAAAGAAGAAAUUAUAA